AUGGUCGACGAACACCAUCUCAACAGCCUCCAUUACUUAGACACUGUAAUCAAGGAAGCCCAAAGGCUCCACCCAGUUGCACCACUGUUGAUUCCCCAUGAGUCCACACAAGGUUGCACGAUCGAAGGUUUUCACAUACCAAAACAAUCGAGAAUUUUGGUCAACGUGUGGGCAAUCGGCAGGGAUCCAGAUGUUUGGCCCGACCCAGAAAAAUAUUCCCCCGAGAGAUUUAUUGGUAGUGAGAUAGACUUGAGGGGCCAUGAUUUUCAGCUGUUGCCGUUUGGGUCGGGCUGGAGGAGUUGUCCCGGGCUGCAACUCGAGGCAAAUGGUAGGCAGUACCCAAACCCCACUCCCAAAAAUAUGGCCUGGAUUUGGACCCUACUAAUGCUUUUCUUGGCCUAUCACCUCCUCCGCAAGCUCCUCGGCGGCGUCGGCCCGAAUAACUAUCCUCCAGGCCCGAUACCACUCCCCAUAUUAGGCCACUUCCACCUGCUCGGAAAAAAUCCUCACCAGGAUCUAUGCCAUCUGGCCCGCAAAUACGGCCCCGUCCUGGGCCUGCGCUUCGGGUUCACCCCAACUGUCGUCGUCUCGUCCCCGGCCUGGGCCGAGCGCGUCCUCAAGACCCACGAUCUCGUUUUCGCCAGCCGGCCCACCAGCAACGCCUGCAAGCACAUUAGCUACGGUCAGAGGAACCUGACUUUCGCGCCAUACGGCCCGUACUGGCGCGACAUACGAAAGCUCUGCACCCUGGAGCUGCUGAGCAACCUCAGGAUCAGCCGGUCCCAGGGCAUGAGGCGGGCCGAGCUCGGGCUUCUCGUGGCCUCCCUCAAACGGGCCGCCGAGGGUCGGGAAGUUGUGGAUCUGAGCGCCAGGGUCUCGGGCCUGAGCGCGGAUAUGAACUGCCUCUUGGUUUUAGGGAGAAAAUAUGAAGACAGGGAGCUGGACGAGAAGGGGUUCAAAGCUUUGUUUAUGGAGACAAUGGAACUUGCGGCCCGAUUUAAUCUUGCCGAUUAUUUUCCCUACGUUGAUGCCCUCGAUCUUCAGGGGAUGGGCCGAAGAAUGAAGGAAUUGAGUAAGAUUUAUGAUGAGUUCUUGGAGGAAAUCAUUAAGCAGCACUUAGAGAAGAAGAAAUGUGAAGGAGAGAAUAAGAGAGAGGAUAUUGUGGAUACAAUGCUGAGUAUAAUGGAGUCCGGUGAAGCUGGGUUUGAAUUUGAUCAGCGACAUAUCAAGGCCGUGCUUCUGAUUGGAUCGCUCAAGACAAAAUAUUGA